AUAUAAGUUUACCGUCACUUAAUCAAGAAAGAAAUUCAGUUUUAUAAAGUCGGUCAAUUAUUCGUCAUUAAUUAAGUUAACAAUUCAUAAUCAGAGAAGAAGAAAUUGGGUGUUUAAGUAUAAAUGUCUCUUUGGAUAAAAGAAAAAAGUUAAGAAAAUAGAAGAGGAUUAAUUAAUAUACGAACAUAAAAUGAACACGAUCAAGCAAAAUCUAUUAAAUAUAGAACUCUGUAAGAAAUGCAGAAAAUAUCAAUCGUCUUAUAACAAAGAUUUAGAGAACAGUACAAAUUAUUGCAAUUGUUUGGAAGUAAAGGAUGGAAUUGACGAUGAAAUAAAUAUGGUGCAAGUUAAUAAAAAAGAAAUAGAAGAAGAAAAGGAAAAGGAAGAGGAAAAUGUCGAUUCAAAGGCAAAAGGAGAGGAAGAGGAUGAGGAAAAUUUAGAAAUUUCGGAAAUCUUUAAAAUAGAUGAAACGAAGGAAGAAGUGAAAGAUAUAACGAGAAAAGAGAUUAAUGACGAAAAAGAUAAGAGUAUAAAUAAUGUGAAACAAAGGGAACAUUUAAAUGACGAAAAUUAUGAAAACGAAAUUAAAAUGUUAGAAAGAGAAAUUGAAUCUAACGAAGAAGAAGAAAAAGAAGAAUUAGAAGAAGAAGGAGAAGAAUUAGAAGAAAAAGAAGAAAAGGAGGAAGUUUUAAGUGGAAAAAAUAAUCUGACGAAAUUGUUAAAAAAUGCCAAUGAAAAUGAAAUAUCAGAAGAUACGUAUGAAAACGAGUACAUGCAAAAUGAAAGAUACAACGAAUUAAUGUUAUUAAUGGCAAAUGAUUUUGUACCAAACUUUGAACCAUUCGAAUGUCCAAUAUGUUUAGUUCCUUAUAAAUCUUUGGAAGGAUUAGUUUUGAAGGAUUGUUUACACACAUUUUGCAAAACAUGCCUCGCAAAUACAGUUUUAUUUUCUGACGAUGCAGACGUGAAGUGUCCGUACAAAGACGAAAAUUAUUCUUGCGAAGGAACGAUACAACAAAGCGAGAUUAAAGCGAUAGUAAAAUUGGAAGAUUUUAACAAAUAUUUACAAAGAUCGAUAGUACAAGCCGAAAGUAAAGCAGGAAAUUCUGCUUAUCACUGUAAAACACCAGACUGUCCUGGUUGGUGUAUUUAUGAACCAUAUGUUGAAAGUUUUAUAUGUCCUGUAUGUGAAAAAAAAAAUUGUCUUCUAUGUAAGAUGAUACAUAAAGUAAAUUGUACGGAAGACAUGUUACUCGCGGAAUCAUCAGAUUCAAAAUCUGAAAUGUUAAUUCAGAAGAUGUUACGUAAUAAAAAUGCACUUCCUUGUCCCACAUGUAACACAAUAAUAAUGAAAAUAGAUGGUUGCGAUGCAGUUGUAUGCACUAUAUGUAAAACCGAAAUAUGUUGGUUAACACGAGGACCACGUUGGGGCCCCAAAGGCCAAGGUGAUACCUCCGGUGGUUGCAAGUGCAAUGUAAACAUAAAAUGUCAUCCAAACUGUCGCAAUUGUCAUUGACUCGGUCCAUUAAAAAAUAUACAUUUUAUAUAUAAUAAAACAUAUUCGUAUAAUUAGCUAAGUAAAGAGCAUUCUUUUUUUGUCUGUACAAAUAAUAAAAGUGUGAAAAUAUAAUAAUGUUUAAGCCUUUUUUUUCUU